AUGUUCUCACUCGUUCUCUUAGGUUCAAUUCAACUUCUGCCAUCCUCCAACAAAGCAGAGCAAAGAAAGAACGCAAACAGAGAAGAAAAAGGCAAAUCAAGUGUUUUUGAAAAGAAAGCCUUUUUUUUCUUCUAGAGAAUGAAGGGAGAGUUAGAGUUGCCACCGGGUUUCAGAUUUCAUCCUACAGAUGAUGAGUUGGUCAAUCAUUAUUUGUGUAGGAAAUGCGCAUCUCAGCCAAUUGCUGUUCCUAUUAUUGCUGAGAUUGACCUCUACAAGUUUGAUCCAUGGCUGCUUCCAGAUAUGGCGUUGUACGGUGAAAAGGAGUGGUAUUUCUUUUCUCCAAGGGACCGAAAAUAUCCGAAUGGAUGUCGGCCAAACCGGGCGGCUGGAAGCGGAUAUUGGAAGGCAACCGGGGCGGACAAGCCCAUUGGGAAGCCCAAGACACUGGGCAUAAAAAAGGCACUCGUUUUCUACGCUGGGAAAGCCCCACGCGGUGUCAAAACCAAUUGGAUUAUGCACGAAUACCGCCUUGCCAAUGUUGAUAGGUCCGCUGGCAAGAAGAAGAACAACUUGAGGCUUGAUGAUUGGGUACUAUGCCGACUGUACAACAAGAAAGGAUGUAUAGAGAAGCAUUUCCCAAAUGAACAAAAAUGGAUAAAUUACCCAGAAAUUGAAGAUCAGAAACCAAACGUUUUAUUCAAUGGUCAAAAUAUGACAGCACUGUCACAGCAACCACAACAACAACCUUCAUCAAUGUCCAUGAUGGAUGAUCUAUUGCAAACAGAUGUUUCAGAUUCAGUCCCAAGGUUGCAUACAGACUCGAGUUCCUCGGAGCACGUGCUGUCCCCUGAAAUCACGUGUGAGAAAGAGGUCCAAAGUGAACCCAAAUGGAAUGAGCUAAGCGAUGCCCUUGAUUUUCAGUUCAAUUACAUGGAUGGAUUCCAAGAUGACCCAUUUGCAAGUCAAGUUCAGUUCCAGAUGGACCAGCUUUCACCAUUGCAGGACAUUUUCAUGUAUCUACAGUAACCAUUUAAAACAAAGUCCAAAAAAAAAAAAAA